AUGAAUUCUCAUUGUCUGCCGACGUAUGAGUACGAGUUGUCGAGGACGAGUACGCGCACAUCAGACGAAACAGACGACCCUUUACUUUACUUCGAGCAAGAUUCGGACCACGAUGAUUUCCACUCCCAUUUACUUACAGGCCAGAGUGUGUCCGGCGUGGCCAAACGAGGAGUUCCCUCACAGCUCAUCUCCCUAGCUCCUGCUUGGCUGCGCAAGCAGUAUCUUCCACGCCGACCUCGAACGAGAUCAAAACACCUUCCUCGCCGAUAUGGCUGUACGCCUAGAUCACUCCUUCGAAAAUUCGCUUUAUUCUGUUACGUAUUCUUCACCACCAUCGCCGCCAUCAUUAUCGUGGGAGGCGUCUUUUUCCCCGGCUACACCCACCUCCCACCCCAUUAUAGAGAAUUAAGACGGAGGGCACAGGCCUCCGAGACCCCAGGACGGGUAAAUUUGCAAAAUCAAAAAGUGUUUCUGGCAGCGAGCAUCUACGAUAAAGGCGGGAAACUUAUGGGUGGAGAUUGGGCGAAAAACGUUCUAGAGCUGAUCCAAUUGCUGGGACCACAGAACGCAUUUCUUUCGAUAUAUGUGAACGAUUCUGGCCCGGAGGCGAAGCAAGCGUUGGAGGAACUCGAGAGGCGGGUGCCGUGCGAGCACGCGUUGGUGUUUGAGGACCACUUGAGCAUCGACAACCUCCCCCACAUCCGAAUCCAUGGACAAGAACGCGUGAAGCGCAUUGAGUAUCUGGCAGAGGUUCGAAACCGAGCGUUGAGACCGCUGGAAGGUUCAAACACCACAUUCGACAAACUCCUUUACCUAAAUGACGUCGUUUUUCAUCCGAUCGACGCUGCCCAAUUACUUUUCUCGACACACACGGUGGCCGAUGGCGUCGCGGACUACAGAGCUGCCUGUGCGGUUGAUUUUAUCAAUCCGUUCAAAUUCUACGAUACUUUUGCAACCAGAGAUGCCGAAGGAUACAGCAUGGGGCUUCCCUUCUAUCCCUGGUUUGCGGCUGGUGGUGACGAGACCAGCCACCAGGAUGUCCUGGAUGGCAAAGAUGCAGUAAGAGUCAGGAGUUGUUGGGGCGGGAUGGUUGCUUUCGAUGCACGAUUUUUCCAAUCACGACCUGGCAGACCUGAGUUGAUAACUGCGGGCAACCAGAGUCCAAGCAAUUUCUCCACCCCUUAUCGCUUUCGUGCGGAAAAGGAUCUCUACUGGGAUGCAUCAGAAUGUUGCCUCAUCCAAGCCGACAUUCAGAAUCCUGAGCCUGGAAAUUCGGGCAUUUACAUGAACCCUUUUGUUCGAGUGGCCUAUGACUCCACGACUCUCUCGUGGCUGGCCUUUACCCGGCGUUUUGAACGCCUUUAUACACCAAUUCAUUGGUUGAUUGACCUUUUCACCAACAAACCCAAUUUCAAUCCGAGAAGACACGAGCAACCAUGGCAGCAAGUGCAGGAGACAGUCUGGGUUGCUGAUGAGAGGGCGCCCCCAAACAAUGGUUCAUUCCACCAAGUGAUGAGGAUAGCCUCCCAUGCAGGCUUUUGCGGCCGCCGAGGGUUGGGAGUUAUUAAGGAAAACAUUAUGGAAGGAGAAAGAAACUGGGAAUUGGUACCGGUGCCUUCAUGA